AUGGCCCGAUUUGCACAGCAGCCCUUUGAAUUCUAUCAACAAUCGCCGUCGGCAUUGGAGACAAAGCCCGCCUUCUCCGAAGAAGAUGAGAUGAGCGUGUUGGAUGACAAGAUUCUGGACGCCGGCUCGGACGUCGCGGCCAUUUCCGAUCCUCGACGGCCGUCGUAUGAUCAGCAACAUACAGACGCUCUCACCUACCGAGAGCAAGUAUGGGGUGACUUUGCCUCACAGCAGACACAGCAAGCACAGCAGCAGCAGUCACAACAACAACAGCAGCAGCAGCAGCAGCAACCGCAACAACAACAUCAAUCACAUGCCACGGCUCCGCACCCUCAUUCCCAGCAAGAUUCGCAUGUUGCAUCAACAGCUACCAUGUAUGACUCGAGCAAUCAAUUCAUACGAUUAGACACUGCGCACACCAACGCCACCUACACGCAGCAGACUGCCUGGCCCAUGUCCCGGGGCUCCGGCUCAUGUACGCCAACCCCUGUAUACGACCAGUUCUCGCAGGACUACGACGCCAGUUCUGCCGGUGCCUUUUCUGGCGGCGCCGUCGGCCCAGUCUCUGCCAUCAACUUUGGUCAAAUGUCCUAUAGAGGCAACAUGUUUGGUGCCCCCGGCAGCGUGGCCAUGUCUCCGCAGUCAAGUCAAGGGUGGAUGCAAUCCGGCGAUAUGGUGGACGGACGACCAGCGCGGAGUCCGACAUAUCGUACCGAUUCGAAUUUCCAUCUGCGCCGUGAUGGCAUUCGCAAGAAGAAUGCGAGGUUUGAGAUCCCUGCCGAGCGCACGCUUAGCAACAUCGAUCAAUUGAUUGCUCAGUCGACCAAUGAGGAAGAGAUUAAGGAACUCAAGCAGCAGAAGCGCCUCCUUCGGAAUAGGCAAGCAGCACUCGACUCUCGUCAGCGAAAAAAGCUUCAUACCGAGAAGCUGGAAGAAGAGAAGAAGCAGUUUACCACCGUGAUAAACGAUCUCGAGGAAGCCCUGCACAGCAUGAAGCUUCGCGAGGCCGAGCUGCUUCGAGAAAAAGGGGAAUGGUUGACUACGCAACAACAGUUCCAGCAGUACAUCGAAGCCCUCCACAUGGAAAAGGACGAGCUCAUUCGUUCCCACACCCUGGAGACUGCAGAACUGCGCAAGAAGAACAACAUUCUCCGCGAGACCAUGGAGAAGAUGGAGCACCAGUUGAAGCCGACAGCGAACGCGCAUUCAGCAACCUUCACAAACGAGUUUGGAGACUUUGAAAAUAUUACCAUGGAAAAUACUCCGUGGGAGGACUUUUCGCUGGUCAACAACAUCUCUCUCGAGGCCGAGCCUAUGGCUGCGUCAGUUGCUAACGGCAAUGAUAAUAACAUGCUCGUUCAGGUCAAGACUGAAAAGGUCGAGAAGGUCUUCAACAAUCAGAACAGCGAAUAUCCAUUCAGUUGGAAUGCGUUCUACAUGUGUCUCCUCUUUGGAGCGUUCAUUGCGUCCAAUAGCACUUCGCUAUCUUCUCCCGCUGCUCUCCCCAAGCUCUCGGACGAAUACCGCGCCGAGUCUGCGAAUGUCCUCAAAGCUGUCCUUGCCUCUGCUCCCGCUGACAUGGCAACUCCAUCUGCCGCAGCUUCUUCUGCUCACGGCGUCGCCUCUCACCUCCCUGCAACCAUCUCCGGUGCUGAAAUGGCCCGCAUGAGCUCCGGAGGAAUCGCGAAUGUCGCGCCGUCUUCCGCCCUGGACGAACUGCACAACAAUCUGGCGCUUCCCAGCAAACAGCAGGAGAACGAGCAAGUGUUUGCACUCAACCCAGGACAAUACAAUGCGUUGACCACCUUCCAAGAAGACGACAGCAUGGACUUCAAGCCUCCUCAACAGCCAUCCAAUCUACAGCAGGCCUUUGCAGCGAUGCGCAACAGCAACCACAACGGCGCACAAAAGGGACCUCUCGGUGUAGACGGCAGAAUGUCGGAUGUCUACUCGCGGUCUUUGAUGUGGGAUCGAGUUCCAGAGAAAGUGGUGCGCGAUUUCCAGCGAAUGGUCCGAGAAUGCGGUGCUGCUUCCAAGUAA